GAUGGACGAUGUGAUCAGACCCUCUGAGUUGAUGGACGACGUCAUCGAGCUCGGAGUGCGGACCAGCACACGUUAGCGGGGAUGAUUCUGAUGAGUUGUUAUUGAUUAUUGAAGAUAUAACAAAAUGACAGAUUACGCAGAAGAGCAGAGAAACGAGCUGGAGGCUAUAGAGUCAAUUUAUCCCGACUCGUUUACAGUUCUCUCAGAUGAGCCCAUCAGCUUCACUAUCACAGUAACAUCAGACGAAGGAGAAAACGAUGAAAUCGCUGAAGCAACGCUAAAGUUCACCUACGUAGAGAAGUACCCAGAUGAACCCCCAGAAUGGGAGAUCUUUUCUCGGGAGAAUUUAGAGGAUGCGGACGAAGAAGAGAUCCUGACCUUGUUACAGCAGCAGGCAGAGGAGAACCUGGGCAUGGUGAUGAUUUUCACACUAGUCACAGCGGUACAGGAAAAACUCAAUGAAAUGGUCGACCAGAUAAAAAACAGAAGGGAGGAAGAAAAAAUGCGUCAGGAAAGAGAGGCAGAGGAGGCGGAGAAGGUAACCUUCCAAGGCACUGUGGUCAACAUAGAAAACUUCCUAGCAUGGAAGGCCAGGUUUGAGCUUGAGGUAGCAGAAAUUCGACAGAAAAGACAGAAAGAUGAGGAGCAGGCCGGGAAACUAAAACUUACCGGUAAACAGCUCUUUGAGACGGACCACAACCUUGACACAUCUGAUAUUCAGUUCCUUGAAGAAGCCGGAAACAACGUGGAAGUUGAUGAGUCGUUGUUCCAGGACAUCGAAGACCUGGACCUGGAUGAAGAUGAUCCAGAUUUUGAUCCUCUAGACAUGGGCAGUGAUGAGGACUAAAAAGGGAAACUGUAAAAAGGGACUCUGGUUUAGUUCACUCCAGCCAAACGGAUUCGAAUGACAUGACACAGCUGAUCCCAACUUAAAAUCACUCUUUUUUUUUAACGGACUGAACAGUUGGGAUUUUAAUCCACGAGACUCCGAACAGUUGUUUGGAUGGGAGCACUUUGGCAAAGUGAACAGGAUGUUUAACCUGCCCGUGGUUAUCGAUUUAAUAGCCAGAAACAAAUAAAUAGUUAAACGUUGGUUCAA